AUGCCUCCAAGCCUCCAUGUACCCAUGCUUCGAAGCCUCCUAGCCUCCAAGUCCCAAUGGCUCCAAGCCUCCAAUCUUCCAUGUCCCCAUGUCUCCAAGCCUCCAUGUCUCCAUGCCUCCAAGCCUCCAAGUAUCCAAGCCUCUAUGCCUCCUUGCCUCCAUGCCUCCAAACCUCCAAGCCCCCUAAGUCUCCAAGCCUCCAAGUCCCCAUGCCUCCAUGCCCCCAAGCCUCGAAGUCCCCAUGGCUCCAAGCCUCCAAGCCUCCAUGGCCUCAAAGCUUCAAUGUCCCAAUGCCUCAAUGCCUCCAUGUCUCCAAGCCUCCAUCUUCCAAGCCUCAAAGCAACCAAGUUUCCAAGCCUCCACGCCUCCAAGUCUACAUGCAUCCAAGCCUUCAAGCCCACAAGUCUCCAAGCCUCCAUGUCCUAA